GACUGAGGAGGAAGAUCAAAUCUGUACGUUCCUGGACGAAUGCACGAAGAACAUGGCCGAGAAGGAUGGCGUCUCUACGUCAUGUAGAAUAGCGGGAGGAUGGGUUCGGGACAAGUUAUUAGGCGCACAGAGCAAUGAUAUGGAUAUUGCCCUGAGUGACAUGAUGGGAUUCCCCUUCGCUGAGCGCUUCGUCUCGUUCGUGUCUGAGGAGAAGAACGUCGAAGUGGGCAAAAUAUCGAAGGUGGAGAGCAAUCCGGAACAGUCGAAGCACCUUGAGACAGCGAAGACAAAGCUCUUCGGUAUCGAGCUUGAGUUUGUCAACCUGAGGAGUGAGGAGUACACGGACGAUAGUCGCAUUCCAACGCAAAUCAAAUUCGGAACACCGCUCGAAGAUGCCCUUCGUCGAGAUAUCACAAUUAAUGCGCUCUUUUACAAUGUGCACUCUCGAGAAGUCGAGGAUCAUACUAACAAGGGAUUGCAAGACCUCAAAGAUGGUGUCGUGCGGACGCCCCUUCCUCCAAAAGAGACAUUCAUGGACGAUCCGUUGCGGGUAAUUCGUUGCAUACGAUUUGCCAGCCGAUUUGGAUAUAACAUGGUGCCGGAGUUGCAAGACGCAGCCCGUGAUCCACAGAUUCAAUCGGCUGUCAUCUCGAAAAUCAGUCGCGAAAGGGUCGGAGAAGAGCUCGACAAGAUGAUGAAGGGUAUGAGCAUUGCAAUAUUACUGAACGACCGAUUCGUAGCAACUGACUGUAACAUAGGCCGAGACCCCCUCCGGUCAGUCCAUCUCAUCAACGACCUCUCCCUCUACGACUCGGUUUUCCCCCUACCUUCGUCCGUUACCUCCAUCCAGUCCAAACCACCGUCCCACCCCUCGACUUCCCUCGCUGCCGCCUCCGUUCUUCACACCCUCCUUUCCACAUCCUCUCUCCCUCCACUCCACCCCUUGUUCACCUCCACCUCCACCGCCCUCGACUCUUCUACAAAAGCCCGCCUCUACUUCGCCUGUGCCCUAACCCCUUUUGCGGGUAUCACGUACACAGACGCAAAGGGCAAGGUGCAUCCGGUCGUCGAAGCGGCCAUCCGGGAAUGUCUUAAGCUCGGCACGCAGAAUCAUUAUCUUGACGGGAUACCAGCGCUGUUCGCGGCUGCAGAUGUCCUAAGGAACCCAGUGCUCGAACGGUUUGACCAGCCAUCCCAGAGAGUUGCUAUCGGGCUGGUGCUGCGUGACAAGUCGGUGCACAAUCCGAAUACCGGCUCGCACUGGGUCACCUCGACGCUGUUCUCCUUGGUACAGGAGCUGGUGUCGCUCUGGGAUCCCGAAGGUGAUGAGUUGGACGUCAGACAGGCGGCAGAGCGGAUAGGCGUCUAUAACGCCUUUAUGUCUAGGAUCGACGAGCUUGCACUGCAGUCUGCUGCUGAUAUGAAACCAAUACUGACGGGCCGCGAUGUCGUAGCUGAACUGAAUGCCAAACCUGGGCCCUGGACAGGACAGGCUCUGGCGCGCGUAGUGGAGUGGCAACUGGACCAUCCACAGGGCACAAAGGAGGAGUGCGCCACUUGGCUGAGGGCGGAACAUGCAGAGGGAAGGAUCGAAGCUGUCGAUCCGAAAGCGCCAGAGCAAGCUACUGGUAAGAGGCGCGAGGGAGGCGGGGAGAAGAACCCAAAGAAAGCGAAGCGCUGAUGCUUUAGACUAGCGCUAGCGCACUUCCUCGUAUGGCGUAUUCAUAAGCAUCGAUGAAGUAGAAGUGCUGGAUUGCAGAUGAGGUAAUGAUACGGUAGCGGCACAUGCGCGUUCGGGGACAGCCAUUUCAUUGUACAAGAAAGCUUACGAAGACAGAAGACAUGCAUAUAGACGGGACAUAAGAUCGAAGCAGGAGCGGUACGGCGUAAGCUAUGAGCGCGCUUUUGGCGCUUUGGUAGUCGGGAUACGGAAGAAAACAGACCCAGCUCAUGGAAAGAAAUGUACGUACUCUUUCUUUCUUUCAGAGAAGACGAAUUAGAAAGGGAAAGAUGAGAAAUCCACUGAUCAGUACGGCGCGUCGAAGUUGAGGUAUUGGGUGAGGUCCAUGUCGGGGGUUGCGAAGGGCGAAGGAUUAUCCCAGACGAACAAAGACGAGGAACCGUCAUUGAUGGGCUGGGUGACGCCCUCGAUGGCCGCAUAUGAAGUAAAUAGAGCAGAAUAAUCCACGCCCGCAGUAGUCCAUUGCUCCAUGCUGGAAAGCUGCUCCUGCGGCAAGUACAACUC